AUGGCUAGAAUACACCCUAGAUCACCACCAAUGAUUGACGGUCGUAUUAGCCAAUACUCGUCAUCGGAAAGAGAAAUAUUCACCGUUUGGAUGAAAUCCCUCGUGAUCAGCAGCAACGGUUGCACCGUCUAUAGUUCGAAAGGCGAAGUUGUUUUCCGUGUCGAUAAUUACCAAACAAGGCGCAGCAGUGAAGUCCUACUCAUGGGCUCCAACGGUGAAGUGCUCUUCUCCAUUAAAAGAAAGGUCACUCAUAUAUUAUAUUUAUAUCCCAAUGUAUUAUUAUAUAAACUACUAACUUUCGGAAGAUGGGAAGGGCGUAAAUUGGUGAAUUCUAGGUUUGAGAAAGAGGGGGAAUGGUUUAGAGUCAAAAGGAAGUGCAAACUUUUAAGGAGAGGAAGAAUUACAUGCCAUGUUAUACUAGGAUUGAUUAAACACGUGUUGCAGGUGAUGCAAAAACAGUCAAUGAUGGGAGUUGGGGUUUGUUUUGGAGAUGAUGUACUUUCAUUAAUGGUGGAACCCCAUGUUGACCACUCCUUAAUCAUGGCUCUAAUCAUAGUCUAUGGUAUGAUCAACAAUAAACUGUAAAUAUACUUGGAAUUGAAUUCAUAUAUUUUUCUUUUGAAUUGAAUUUUUGGAAUGCACUGUUUUUUUCCAU